UUCGAAUUCAGUUGCUCGCGGAAGGGCCAUCCAGACGGUUGGAUAAAUGGAUGAGCUCCAAUAAAUAAAAGUGAAAAGUGAAGAAAUAGAAAAAAAUAGUGAAAAGUGAAAAAAAAAAUAAAAAUUGUGCCAUAAAAAUGUGUUAAAAGUGAAAUUGUAUGAGAGUGAGAGAGACGGAAAGCUUAGUGAGCGCAUUAAAGCAAGGACUUCCGCUUAGCGGUGUUUGUGUAUGUGUAUUGGUGCGCCAAAAGGAUUAAUAAUUACAACAACAAAACGAAUAAACACUGAACUGUAAUAUGGCGCAGCCACAAUGGUGGCGUAGCGGCGGCAGCGUGGGUGUGGCACUUUUCAGUGCACUACUCAUUGCUUGCUGUGGCAGCCUGGUGUUGGCCGAACUAACACCACCGUACUUCAAUUUGGCUACAGGACGUCAGGUCUAUGCGUCGGCCACAUGCGGUGUGGGCACCGAUGGACCGGAAUUGUAUUGUAAAUUGGUGGGCGCUAAUACGGAGAAUGAUCACAUCGCUUAUUCGGUUAUUCAAGGACAGGUCUGCGACUAUUGUGAUCCCAGUAUACCCGAAAAGAACCACGCCGCCGAGUAUGCUAUUGACGGCACUGAGGCAUGGUGGCAGAGUCCGCCACUCUCUCGUGGCAUGAAAUACAAUGAGGUUAAUCUGACCAUCGAUUUCGGACAGGAAUUCCAUGUUGCUUAUCUCUUCAUUCGUAUGGGCAACUCGCCACGUCCUGGACUAUGGACACUGGAGAAAUCGACCGAUUACGGUAAAUCAUGGACACCAUGGAUGCAUUUCUCCGAUUCGGUGCACGAUUGUAUCACCUAUUUCGGCAAAGACUCCUACAAGCCAAUCACACGUGAUGACGAUGUCAUCUGCUCAACAGAAUUCUCACGUAUUGUGCCACUGGAGAAUGGUGAAAUACCAGUUAUGUUGCUGAACGAUCGUCCCUCGGCCUCGAACUAUUUCAACUCAACUGUGUUGCAAGAGUGGACACGUGCCACCAAUGUGCGCAUACGUUUGUUACGUACGAAGAAUUUACUCGGUCACUUGAUGUCCGUAGCACGUCAAGAUCCGACAGUUACGCGUCGUUACUUCUAUUCCAUAAAGGAUAUCUCGAUUGGUGGUCGUUGUAUGUGUAAUGGACAUGCAGACACUUGCGAUGUGAAAGAUCCGAAGAGUCCAGUGCGUAUUUUGGCAUGUCGCUGUCAGCAUCACACCUGCGGUAUACAGUGUAACGAAUGUUGUCCGGGCUUCGAACAGAAGAAGUGGCGUCAAAACACCAACGCACGUCCCUUCGAAUGCGAACCUUGCAACUGUCACGGCCACACGAACGAAUGCGAUUACGACGAGGAGAUCGACCGCAAGGGCUUAUCACUGGAUAUUCAUGGACGCUACGAUGGCGGUGGCGUUUGUAAGAAUUGCCAACACCAUACGGAGGGCAUUAAUUGCAACAAGUGUAAGGGUAAAUUCUAUCGUCCAUUCGGCAAAUCUUGGAAUGAGACCGACGUGUGUCAACCUUGCAACUGCGAUGACGUCUUCUCUACUGGUCACUGCGAGGAGGGCACCGGACGCUGUGAGUGCCGCAAGGCUUUCCAACCACCAAACUGUGACUCCUGCGCUUAUGGUUACUACGGCUAUCCGAACUGUCGUGAGUGCGAGUGCAACUUGAAUGGUACCGACGGCUAUCACUGCGAGGCCAUCAAUGGCGAAUGUCCGUGCAAGAUAAAUUUUGCCGGUCAUUAUUGUAAGCAGUGCGCUGAGGGUUUCUACGCCUUCCCAGAGUGCAAAGCUUGUCAGUGCAACAAGAUCGGCUCCAUCAGUAAUGACUGUGAUGUGGAAAGUGGGCAGUGCAAGUGUCUGAGCAGCUUUGGCGGUGAACGUUGCGAACAUUGUAAGGACGGCUACUACAAUUACCCCAAGUGUCAAUAUUGUGAUUGCGACAUACAAGGCACAGAAUCGGAAAUCUGUAACAAGGAGUCGGGUCAAUGUAUCUGCCGUGAAGGAUUCGGUGGACCACGUUGUGACAUGUGUCUCCCUGGCUACUAUGACUAUCCAGCUUGCAAGCCUUGCAACUGUUCCACACAAGGCAGCACGGCCAUCACUUGUGACAACACAGGCAAAUGUAACUGUCUACUCAACUUUGCUGGCAAACAAUGUACGCUUUGCAGCGCCGGUUACUACAGCUAUCCGGAGUGCUUACCUUGCAACUGCGAUGUUCACGGUUCGGAGGGUGUCACCUGUAAUGCGGAUGGUCAAUGUUCGUGUUACCCGAACUUUGGUGGUAAAUUGUGUGACUCCUGCAAAGAGGGUUUCUACAACUUCCCCAAUUGUGAGGAUUGUAAUUGUGAUCCGGCUGGUGUUAUUGACAAGUUUGCCGGAUGUGGUUCAGUGCCGGUCGGUGAGUUGUGUCAGUGUAAGGAACGCGUAAUGGGUCGCAUUUGUAACGAAUGCAAACCGCUCUAUUGGAAUUUGAAUAUCAGCAAUCCGGAUGGUUGUGAAGUUUGCGACUGUUGGACCGAUGGUACUAUUGCGGCGUUGGAUACUUGUCUGUCAAAGACGGGUCAAUGUACAUGUAAACCACAUACACAGGGACGCACUUGCAAGGAAUGUAAAGAUGGUACUUAUGAUUUGGAUGGCUCGUCGCUAUUCGGUUGUAAGGAUUGUAGUUGCGAUGUAGGCGGUUCGGAGAAUAACGAGUGUGACAAGGCCUCGGGUCUGUGUAAAUGUCAUCCACGUGUAACGGGUCGCGGUUGUACACAACCAUUAACAACACACUACUUCCCCACCUUACAUCAAUUCCAAUAUGAAUAUGAGGAUGGCGAACAACCUUCGGGCGCGCAAGUACGCUAUCAAUAUGAUGAAAAUGUAUUCCCCGGUUUCAGCAGCAAAGGUUAUGCCGUCUUCAAUGAUAUACAAAAUGAAGUGCGCAAUGAGUUUAUGGUGAAGAAAUCUUCGCUCUAUCGCAUUGUUAUACGUUAUGUGAAUCAGAAUCCAUUCAAUGUCACGGCUAGCAUACUCAUACAAUCGGAGAAUCCACUCGAAGUGGACCAGAGCGUGAAAGUGCUCUUGCGUCCAACGACGUCUCCGCAGUUUGUGACAGUCUCUGGCGUGAAAGGCAAUAAACCCUCACCGGUCGUUUUGGAUCCAGGCUCUCGUUAUACCUUUACAACAAAGGCGAACAAGAAUGUUAUGCUCGAUUAUUUCGUCCUACUGCCAGCAGCCUACUAUGAAGCUUCGAUUUUAACACGUAAAAUUACGAACCCAUGCGAAUUGGGCAAUAUGGAGCUUUGUCGUCAUUAUAAAUAUGCUUCGGUCAAUGACUUCCAGCCUUGUACAACACCAUUUAUCAUGGACGCAAAUAAUAAACCCAACAAUCCAACCGAAAUUUAUGACGAUCCCGAGCAUUUGGCGAUUAUUGGCCAUGUCGGCGAUAUUCCCGUCAUCAGCGAGACACAACGUCAACUCAACUACAUAGUCGAUGUACCGCAUAGUGGACGUUAUAUAUUUGUUAUCGAUUAUGUGAGCACACGCGAUUUCCCCGAACCUUAUUUCGUCAAAUUGCGCUUGGGCAACAAUGAGGAGGAUUAUGGCACAACUACUUUGUAUCCCUGUCUCUACUCGAUGGUUUGCCGUACGCCAAUAAUCGAUGAAUAUAGUCGCGAGAUGGCGUUCUACAUCUCAAAGGACGAUGAAAAGCCCGCGAUUGUUAUGACUGAUUAUGAUGAAAGUGGCAGAGUUGCGAUAAUCUCUGUUACCGCUAUACCGGUUGAUAAGUGGUCUAUUGAUUACAUCGAACCUAGUCCGGUUUGUGUUACACACAACAAUCAAUGUGCUGCACCGAAAUUCCGUUCCGUACCCGAUUCAAAGAAAAUUGAAUUCGAAACCGAUCAUGAAGAUCGCAUUGCCGAGAAUAAGCCACCAUAUGCGGCGUUGGAUGAACGUGUCAAAUUGGUGUAUUUGGAUAAUAAAGACAGUACAAGCACCAUUGUUGUUGAAUCAAAGGUAGGCGAACCCGGACGCUACGUCAUUUUGGUCAAAUACUAUCAGCCGCAUCAUCCAAAAUACAAUGUACUCUACACGCUCACCACUGCCAAAAAUGAGUACAGCGGUAAAUUCGAUAUUAGCCAUUGCCCAUCCAGUUCGGGUUGUCGCGGUGUUAUACAUCCCAACGGCGAAGAUUGGUGGUUCGAUAUUGAAGAUGACUUCAAAUUUACGCUAACGAACACACGUCCACAAGGAUUCUGGCUUGACUAUUUGGUAAUCGUGCCAAUAAAUCAGUACAAUGAAGAUCUGCUCGUAGAAGAAUUGUUCGAUCAGACUAAAGAGUUCAUCAAGGAGUGUGGUCAGGAUCACUUCCACAUCACACAUAACGCAACCGACUUCUGCAAGAAGGCUGUAUUCUCGUUAACAGCCGAGCACAAUAUUGGCGCUUUGCCUUGCAACUGUGACUACGAGGGCUCCAUCAGCUUUGAGUGUCAUCCCUUCGGUGGCCAGUGUCAGUGUAAGCCGAAUGUGAUCGGUCGUCAGUGUAAUGCUUGCCGCACCGGUUUCUAUGGUUUCCCCGAAUGUAAGCCCUGUGACUGCCCCAGCACUGCCAUGUGCGAACCGAAUACAGGCGAGUGCGUUUGCCCGCCGAACGUGAUGGGCGAGAUGUGCGAAAAGUGUGUGCCCAAUACAUAUGGUUUCCAUCAGAUAAUCGGUUGUGAGGAAUGUAAUUGCAAUUACUUGGGUAUUGCAAAUGGUAAUCAACAGUGUGACAUGUUCAAUGGCUCGUGCGAGUGUCGUCAGCAUAUUGAGGGUCGCGCUUGUGAUACGUGCUCGAAUGGUUUUUACGAUUUUCCACGUUGUGACCAUUGUACCUGCAACACAGCUGGUACUCUAGCGGAAAUUUGCGAUAAAGUUGAUGGUAGCUGUUUCUGUAAGAGUAAUGUUGUGGGCCGCGACUGUGAUCAGUGUCAAGAGGGCACCUACAAUUUGCAGGAUAGCAAUCCAGAUGGUUGUACGUCUUGCUUUUGUUUCGGGCGGACGUCACGUUGUGAGAGCGCCUACUUGAAACGUUACAAUUUGAGUUUGUUGAAAAAUUUCACUUUGAAUUCCGCGCACUUUAGUGAGAACACCAUUGAUUUCCAAAUUUGGGAUAUACCACAAGACGAGCUGAUGGUGAAUGAGACGACUUUGAAGGCGGAUUUCUCUUUCCACGAAGUCAAUGAUGUUGAAGCGGAAGAAAUUGUCUAUUUCGGCGUACUUGAUUAUCUACUCAAUCAAAAUAGUCAUAUUGCGUCCUACGGCGGUGAACUCGCUUAUUCUCUGUACUACACUACCGGUUUGUCUGGCAAACCACUGCUCGCACCCGAUGUAGUAUUGUUGAGUAAGAAUCAUAUACUCGUACACCAAAGUUAUGAGCAACCUUCAAGUAAUCAAGCAUUCAGGAAUCGUGUUCAAAUGGUUGAGUCCAAUUUCCAAACACACGAUGGCAAACCCGUGACACGCGCUGACUUUAUGAUGGCUUUGCGUGAUCUCAAGAUGAUUUUCAUACGCGCUAAUUACUGGGAGCAAACAUUUAUUUCAUAUUUAUCCGAUACGUAUUUGACGUUGGCCGAUGAGGAUGAGGAUAACUUGGGCGAGUAUCAAUACUUGCCUGUGGAACGUUGUAACUGUCCACCCGGCUAUACUGGUUUGUCCUGUGAAGAUUGUGCACCGGGCUAUUAUCGUGACUCUAACGGUCCUUAUGGCGGUUAUUGUAUACCUUGCGAGUGUAAUGGUCACACACAAGCAUGCGAUUGUGCAACGGGCAUUUGCAAAGAUUGUCAACAUGCCACGACUGGCGAACACUGCGAGCUCUGUCAGGAGGGUUACUAUGGCAAUGCGACAUACGGUUCACCACACGAUUGCAUGAUUUGCGCCUGUCCACUACCGUAUGAGAGCAAUAACUUUGCAACUAGCUGUGAGAUCUCCGAAUCGGGUGAUGAGAUUCAUUGUGAGUGCAAACCGGGUUAUACUGGACCACGUUGUGAAGCUUGUGCAAAUGGUUACUAUGGCGAACCUGAAAAGGCUGGUGAUUAUUGCAAACCUUGCGAAUGUUCGGGUAAUAUCAAUCCCGCUGAACCGGGUUCUUGUGAUACCAUAACCGGCGAGUGUCUGCUUUGCUUGAAUAACACCUCUGGUGCGGCGUGUAACCUUUGCAAGCCCGGCUUUUAUGGUGAUGCGGUAAAUUUGAAGAAUUGUCAAAGUUGUGAUUGCGAGGAGUUGGGCACAUUCGAGUGUGAUCCCUACGAGGGUAAAUGUCACUGUAAUAACAAUGUGAUCGGCGAUCGUUGUGACCAGUGUAAGCCUGAUCAUUAUGGCUACGAUUCCGGUUUGGGUUGUCAUGCUUGCGACUGUGGCGUCGCAUCCAAUUCGACGCAGUGCGAUGCACACACUGGCAAAUGUAUUUGCAAGCCAGGCGUGACGGGCCGUCAAUGCGAUCACUGUGCUGUGGAUCAUUGGAAUUAUACGAACGAAGGUUGUCAACCAUGUCGCUGUAAUCAGGGCUACUCGCGUGGUUUCGGUUGUAAUCCGUUUACGGGUCAAUGUGAAUGCUUGCCGGGCGUUAUUGGUGAUCGUUGUGAUGCUUGUCCACAUCGUUGGGUGCUCGUUAAGGACGAAGGCUGCUUCCAAUGUGACUCAUGCCACGAUGCUUUGUUGGAUGUCACCGAUCGGCUGCGCUAUCAAAUCGAUCCAGUUGUGGAAGAGUUCCAAUCAGUAGCAUUAGCCUUCUUCACCAGUCAAAAAUUGAACUACUACGAUGAAUUGGCCGAUAAAAUUGCACCGGAAGUGCAAAAUCUUGACCCGAAACGCAUCAAUUUGGAUCCGGCACGCACUUUGGUUGCCGAGAUAGAAUCAGGCGCAAAGAUUUACGGUAAACAGGUUAACUUUAGUUUGAACAAUGCUUUGGAAAGUCCUCACAUUGCCAGUGCACUGAUAGUGAAUGCAACCGAAUUGCGUGAAAAGGCCAAAGCCAGCGCAUUGGAGGCACAAGAUGCUAUAAAUUCGGUGGAUGCGCUCUCAAAGAAUCUAGAAACAGCGGCUAGCACAAAAAUUGAUGCCGCUCUAGAGGAGGCGCAGCGCAUAUUGAAAGAUCUGAAUGAGACGAAAAUCGAUACCACACCCACUCAGCAAGUGUUGAAUAAAUCCAACGAACUCUACACUGAGGUGGACAUACUUGUGGCGCCAAUUAAGAAUCAAAAUGAUGCUCUGACCUUGCUGAAGAGUGAUAUUGGGGACUUGAGCGACAAACUAGAAGACCUUUACUACUGGAGCGGCAAUGCUACCGAGAAUGCCAUCGAAGUAGAACGCUUGAAUAAUUUGAACAAAGCUGCCUUUGAAAAUUCCAAAUUCGAUACUGUUUCCGAUCAGCAAAAAGAGGCUGACAAACAUAUUGAGGAAGCCGGCAAAUACUUUGUGAAUAUUGACUUGGCGCUAAUUGAUAUCGACAAGCGACUCAAUCAACUCUCCGGUGUACUCUCAGAUUUGAAGAUUAUUAACAAAAAUAUCGACGACGAUCUACCGGAGAUGGAGCAGGAGAACAACGAGGUUACUGAAUUGGCUGCACAGGCUGUACGACGUGCUGAUGAAUUGAGCGCACGCGCACACGAUCUCACCGACCAAUACGCGCACAUGACAGCCAAUGCUGAGCCGGCUAUUAAGGCGGCUACAGCUUACAGUGGCAUUGUAGAUGCAGUCUCUUCAGCACAACAAUUCACCAAAGAAGCCAAAUUUGCGGCCGGCAAUGCCACAGAGAUCACAGAUGGUAUCGAAGAUCGUGCUGGGCGCGCUGACAAAGAUUCCGGUGAGCUGUUACAAAAUGCACGUGGUGCCUUGAAUAAGGUACAAAGUGAGUUGGAGCCACGCUUGAAUGUUUCCGCUACUAAAGUAGAAGAUAUCUCGAAUUUGAAUAAGAACACAGAGAAACGUUUGGAGGAGAUUAAUAUUGCAUUGCAUCAGUUGCCGGUUGAAACACAACAUGAUCUCUGGAAUAAUGCCAAUCAGAAUGCUACCGAAGCGCUGAACAUAAUUGAAGAUGUGCUCGAUGUAUUGCGUCCCGUAGGUGCACAGACCGCGAAAGAGCUGGAGAAGGCGCGUAAUAUCUCAAGAGAUAUUGAUGCCACGACUAAAGAUAUCUCACAAGCACGCUCACAGUUGGACACCUCGGAAGACACCAUACCGAAGUUGAAUGAAUUGGCGGAAAUUAUUGAGCAAGAGCAAGCAAAUAUCGAAGAGGCCGGUCAGUUGUUGGGUGAAGAUAUUGAGAAUUUGAAACGACAAAUUGAAACCGCACGCCAAAUCGCUAAUGACAUUAAAGUGGGCGUACGCUUCUCGCCCGGCACAGUUUUGGAAUUGAAAACACCCGAGACCACGCCACUCUUGGCUACCAAGACUAAAGCUUCAGCAUACUUUAAGACCGAGAAACCCAAUGGUUUCCUAAUGUAUCUGGGCAAUCAUAAUAGAACCUCGUCGGCUGGCAGCACACCCGCUGCCAAUAAAGACAAUGAAGACUUCAUGGCUGUGGAGAUCGUUAAUGGUUAUCCAAUUUUGACCAUGGAUGUGGGUAAUGGACCUGAACGUAUUACAAAUGAGAAAUACGUAGCUGAUGGCAAUUGGUAUCAGGUAGUUGUAGACCGCACUGGUUCUAAUGCUAAACUGAUCAUACGUGAAGAAUUGGAGAACGGCACAGUGGUGGAUCAUAAGAAGGAACAACCAUUGUUGGGCGCUAAUAAUGUAUUCAAUGUUGAUCGCAAUAGUCGUUUGUUCGUUGGCGGUCUGCCACCACCAGCUGACUUCACGCCACCACAUGACAUACAGAGUAACGCCUUUGAGGGUGAAAUUGAAGAUCUGCGUAUUGGUGAUGAACAUGCUGGCUUGUGGAACUUCGUUUUCGGUUUGGAGAACAACCAAGGCGCACAACCGCGUAACAAAUUGUUAACCGAAGAGAUACCACCAACCGGUUAUCGUUUUAACGGUAAUGGCUAUGUCGCACUCAAAGCCGCGCCAUAUAAUCUGCGUGCACGUUCCAGCAUACAAUUCAGUUUCAAGGCCUCGAAAGAUUCCAAAGACGGUUUGCUAUUCUACUAUGGACGUAAUGAUCAAUUUAUGUCGGUGGAGCUGGUGAACGGUCUAGUGUUCUUCCGUUAUAAACUGGGCGAUCAUGUUAUGUCGACGGGUACACAAGAUCUUUACAACGACGACCAAUGGCAUCGUGUAGUAGCCGAACGUGACGGCAGACGUGGUCAAUUGAAGGUAGACGACAUGAUGUUGGCACAAGAGGACAUACCUACCGGUCCCACAGAAUUCAAUCCAAUACCUAAACGUCUCUUCUUUGGUGGUUUCCCCGGCAAACGUAAUCAUUCAGUGGUUACUGAGCAUAACUUUGAUGGCUGCAUUGAUGAGGUGUCGAUUUCGGGUACAAAGGUGGAUCUGGGUAAUAAUGUGCACGCGCAUGGCGUUAAACCUGGCUGUCCGAAGAAGUUCUCAACAGUACUGUCAUAUCCACCCAACGAAUAUGGUUUCUUGCGUAAAGCCAAUUUUACGUCCAAUAAUAAAUUGAAUGUGAAUCUGAAGUUCAAGACCCGUCAACGUGAUGCGCUGAUCUUCUAUGGUGCAAAUCAUGAUCAGAGCGCGAAUAUUGGACUCACACUGAAGGAUGGAUAUUUGACCCUGCGCAGUAUAGAUGGUGAAAUUGUGUCGGAUACGAAACGCUUAAACGAUGGUGAUGAGCAUGUGGUGACCGUGCAGCAUGAUGGCGAUCAGUUACGUUUGUCUAUAGACGAUACGGAAGAUAAGCGUUUACCCUAUACACCGCAAGGUCUGUAUAUACAAGCAGGUGAUAUAUUCUUUGCUGGUUUACCAGACAAUUAUAUACCAGUACGCAAUGCACUGCCGACCUUGGCGUACUUUGUGGGCUGCAUUAGUGAUGUCACUAUCAAUGGUGAGAUAGUCAACUUCGCCGACAGUGCUGAGAAACGCAAAGGAAAUAUCAAUAUCUGUCCGACAGACAUUUUAGCUUAUGAUGUUGGAACAGUACCGUUAUACUACCCAGAAGGUUCAAAUGAGCUAUUGCCUGAGCCAGAGUAUCCGGGUAACUUUGCCGUACCAUUAGCACCCACAAGGGCACCUGUUACCACCACAACGACGUCACGUCCAGCUGUAGUGAUUACAACAAAAGAGCUGCCAACACAACGACCAUCGGUCAUUGAGUCGCGUUUCGAUAAUGUGGAUGAAGAGGAAAUUAAACGACAACAAGAAUUGGAACAAGAGCGACAACGAGAACAAGAGAGAGAGCAAGAGCGUCAACGAGAACGGGAGAGAGAACAAGAGCAAGAGCGUCAACGAGAAAUUGAACGCGAGAGAGAGCGCGAAAGAGAACGUGAACGAGAAAAUGAAUUGGAAGAGAAGGUUAAGCCAAUACCAGAACUCGAACCCGAACCCGAACCCGAACCCGAACCCGAAUCGAAACCCGAGGAAGCGUUGGAAAUAGCCGGUCCAGUGCAUCCACUGCGGCCACAAAAUGUGCCCGAAGAUCCGCGUUGCAAACUGCCAACAAAUCCCAAUUUCGAUGUUGAUUACGAAGACGCUGGCUAUCGUUACUACGCAUUACGUGAACAACGUCUAGAAAUAGCGCCGCCCACGAAACUUCGUAAACAAUACGAUAUUAGUCUGAAUUUCAAGACUGCCUACCCUGUCGGUUUGCUCUUCUAUGCGGGCAUCAAACAGCAACCCGACUACAUUGCAAUCUAUCUGGCGGAUGGUAAAUUGCAUCAUCAAGUACAAAUCGGUGGGCAAGUGGUGAAUGUCACCAGCAAAGCCGAAGUGAACGACGAUGAAUGGCAUAACGUUAAGGUGACACGCAAACACCACACUGUAAGCCUCUUUAUCGAUCAAAUCGAGGCAGGUUCGGUUACUGAAAUGGUGGAUGAUAGUUAUGAGCCUCAUGUGCGUAACAUGGCACUCUUCCUUGGCGGUGUACCAAAACUCUGGGAGGCCGAAGUUUUCGACAGAAUCGACUAUGUCUUAGACGAUCAACCCUUCUAUAAUGGUUGUCUGAAGGAAUUACGUCUCAAUGAUAUGAAUCUGAAGAAGGAACCGGAACCAUAUCAUACGGUGCCAUGUUCAACAGAAAUCGAACAAGGUUUCUUCUUUAGCAAGCAGGCGAGCUAUGUGAAGCUGUUCGAACGCUUCACCGUCGGCUCUGAUUUCAAUAUCAAUUUCGAUUUCCGUGCUCGCGAACCAGAUGGUCUGCUCUUCUCUGUACAUGGCAAAAAUGCUUAUAUGAUAUUGGAGUUGAUCGACAACAGUCUAGUGUUCACCGUUAAAUCCGAUUCUAAAAAUAUCGUCACUACCAAUUAUACAUUACCCGAUAACGGUAGUUAUUGUGAUGGUAAUUGGCGUAAUGUGCAAGCGGUAAAAUCGAAAUUCGUCAUUACGAUUGCGGUGGAUUACGUCAGCACACACCCGGGUGUGGGUUCAGAGGGUUCGACGGUGACAAAGACAAACCGUCCGCUCUUCUUGGGCGGUCAUAUUGCCUUCAAUAAGGCGCCAGGUCUGAAGACCAAGAAAACAUUCAAGGGUUGCAUACGCAAUGUGCAAGUGAAUAAGAAGGCGGUGCGCAUUACACCGAAGAUGAUACAUGGCGAUAUCUGGCAAGGCGCUUGUCCAACUAAUUAGUCAUGUUAUUUCUAAUACAAUAACAACAAUAAGCAAGCAAAAACGAACAAACAUGUUGACGAUCGAAAGUUGCUGUAUGCCCACAAGCGCUUAACUUCGGCGGAUUGUGAGAUUUCUAACAGCAGACUCGUUUGGAUUUGGACUAAUCUCUUUUCUUAUUUUUUUACUUUCUUAAAAUGUUUAUUUGUUUAUUUUCACGUAAUUACUUAUUUUGCUGUCUAUUAUAUCUUAUGCUCGAGUCGAACAAGUCUUGUUAUAUUCUUAUUUUCAUUCUUUAAACUUAUCUAAUCAAUUUGUUUUUCCUUUUUAUGUAAAGUCCGAUAAAUGUCUUUUAAUAAAGUUUCAUAUUUGUAUAUUCAACAA